ACAAAUGUGGUCUUUUGUCAGAAUCCUAUCCCACAAUUAUAGUCAUUAUUUUUGUGUUAUCCGCUUAACCAAUAUCAGAACACAUCACUAGACAUAAUGUUGAUGUCAAAUUAUACUUUUAGCCUUUAAAUUAACACCAACAUGACAUAAGAUAAAAAAGGGACCAUUUGUGGAAAGAAGCCACACCAAAGACGAUCAUGAGAGUGAUGGGGGUCAAGGGUCUCACCCUCUACCACUUGAAGAGCCACCUCCAGAAAUUUAGACUGGGAAAGCAGCCACACAAGGAAUUCAAUGAUCACUCUUCUGUCAAAGAUGUUGAGAGAGCUUCUACUUUAGAACUGCAACGAAAUUCAGCAUCUUCCUCGGGAAUGAUCGGCCGCAACAUGAACGAUAGUAAUGUUCGCAUCAAUGAUGCAAUUAGGAUGCAGAUGGAGGUGCAGAGAAGACUGCAUGAACAACUUGAGGUACAAAGGCAUCUCCAGUUGAGGAUUGAAGCUCAAGGAAAGUACAUGCAAACAAUCCUGGAGAAAGCAUGCCAAACUCUCUCCGGUGGGGACACCAACAACCAUGUAGUAGGGUCCACCACAUCGGCGUCCGGCGGGCCGUACAAGCUCGCCGGCAAUGCCGGUCCCCACCCGUCCGAAUUCGGGUUUCCGACCUUUCAAGAUCUCAACAUCUACGGCGGCGACCACCUCGGCCUCCAGCAGACCAUCGACGGUUCCUCUUCCCUCGACGGGUUCUUGUGCAACAACGGUAACAACGACAAUAACUUGUGUCUGGGCCCCGCAUCCCGGGGGAAGAAAAGGCCGGGCGACGGCGGCGGCGGCGGAAACGGAAAGAAUCCGAUGAUGAGCUGGUCGGCGGCGGACGAGCUCGGGCAACCGCUGCUGAUGACAUCACCGUGCGGCAUCGGACCGCCGCCGCACGACGACGACGACAACAACGGCGGCGGGCCCCACAUGAUCCAAAUCGCCCCGCUAUCUCUCGACACGCGGGGGUGCAACGAGAUCAUGAUUGACGAUUCUGUCCCCGAGUUCUACGAGCGAAAGCCGUCCCUCAACGUGUCUCCGCCCGGGGCGGGCGGAAGAGACCACGGGACGGUUAUCCUCGGAGAACUGGAGAACAAAUUCGACCCGACCCUCGGGAGGCACUCCCCGAGGCGGGGACCACCGCAUCCCGGCAUGGUGAUGAACAUGAAUAUGCAGGCGGCGGCGGCGGCGCAAGGAAGGAGGACCUCUACUUUUGGGUAAUACAGUAACAAUAUAUAUACAUAUAGUAGCAUAAAUUAAUUGAGUUAAUGUGAUUUUUAACCAGAGCUGCAAUAAAAAUGCAGAACUAUACAUGAUACCCAUAGUAUACAUACUACUUCUAGCUACUUAAUUACAUACCAUACGGCCGGCCUGUAUUUUGAUUGAUUAUUUUACUGUGAUUUCUCAUGCAUGGGCUUAAUCAUUAUUCUUGAUUUUUUUAUUGUUUUGUUUCAUUUAUGUACGUUGUUGCCUUAUUUUUCAAGGAUCUAAAUGACUAAUUCAAUCAACAUUUGAACAAUUU